UGGAGGCAUAUAAGAAAAAUCUGCGUACUUGAACUGCUUAGUGCAAAACGGGUUCAGUCAUACAGUCAUGUCAGGGUAGAAGAAGUUGCUCGGUUAGUUGACCGGAUUACAGAGUCUUAUCCAGGCACCACAAAUCUAACUAAGCUGCUUGGUUUAUAUGCAAAUGAUGUUCUCUGUGGGGUAGCUUUUGGGAGGAAUUUUUCGGCAGGAGGGGACUACGACAGGCAUGGGUUUCAAAAGAUGAUGGAGGACAUUCGGGAGUUGCUCGGAGGAUUCAGUAUAGGAGAUUUCUUUCCUUCAAUGGAAUUCAUCCAUAGCCUGACCGGGAUGAAAUCCAGACUUGAGCACACGUUUCGGCGCUUUGAUGAUCUUUUCAAUGUGAUACUGAGAGAGCAUCAGGAAGAAAAUAAAGCUACGGAGCUGCACAAGUAUCUUGUGGAUGUUUUACUUGAUAUACAGAAGAACGGUUGUGGUGAAAUGCCUCUCACCAGGGACAAUGUUAAAGCCAUCAUCCUGGAUAUGUUUGCAGCAGGAACUGAUACAACAUUCAUAACCCUUGAUUGGGGAAUGACAGAACUUGUCAUCAAUCAAAAAGCCAUGGAAAGAGCACAAGCCGAAGUACGAAGCGUCCUUGGAGAGAGAAAAUCCGUGCAAGAAACUGACCUACCUCAUCUGCCAUACUUGAAGGCUGUCAUUAAGGAGAUAUUCCGGUUGCACCCUCCUGCUCCAGUGUUAGGCCCCAGAGAAUCUAUGGAGGACGUAACCAUUGAUGGGUACUCCAUCCCAGCAAAAACCCGUUUCUUCGUCAAUGCUUGGUCAAUUGGGCGGGACCCAGAAUCCUGGGUCGAUCCACAAUCGUUUCGACCGGAAAGAUUCCUUAAUGAAAAUAGCAACAUUGACUUCAAAGGGCAGGAUUUUGAGCUGAUACCCUUCGGUGCUGGUAGGAGGAGCUGCCCGGCUAUUGCAUUUGGAACUGCCAGUGUUGAGCUUGCUUUAGCUCAACUUCUUCACAGUUUCGAUUGGGAGCUUCAUCAUGGGACCCAGCCUAAGGAUUUGGAUAUGACCGAAGUUUUUGGCAUCACAAUGCACAGAAUUGCCAACCUCACGGUUGUAGCCAAACCCCACUUCUCCUAGACGACAGCAGAGACGAGCGAACAAGCUGGCUAAAAAUCUUCUCUCCGACUUAGUAAUCAAUCACCUUUUGCUUGUUACU